AUGGAGAAGAAGGCAGUGUAUCAAGCUGAUACUCAGGUCUUCAGCCUUGCAGAGAAGAAACUGGCUGUUCUCCCCUGGAAUGCGUCUGUGCAAGGACCAGCUGCGACCACUAGCAGAAUGACAAAACAUCUCAGGCUGUUUCUAUCUGACGACAAGUGGUUGUCAGAUAUGCUCAUCGACAUGAUGCCUGCUUGUCUGGUCACUGAUUUGUAUGCAAAACCAGCUGACAUUAUCAUUGCCAACACCUGUUUCAGCAAUGCCAUCCUCAGAUUUAGAGAGACACACUGGAAGUCACAAAACAACCCACUGGAGAAAUUUGCAGAGAGUGCAGGGACUCACAGAUACCUUUAUGCUCCUAUCUACACUGAGGGUCAUUACAUCGCGCUAGAAAUCGACUUUGAAACAAAGUCUUUCAGAUACAGCAACUCUCUAGCUUCUAGGAAACCACCCCAAGGUCUGAUCGCCAAAUUGAACUCUUGGCUCUCUUCCUGCUUUGGCACAGACUUUACCAAUGAUGGGCCUACCUUGCCCCAUGGGCACCAAAUGGACACUGUAUCAUGUGAUCUCUUCACAAUCAACACUAUUGAGCACAAUGUCUUUGGAUAUAAGCUCGGCAUUGCCAACCCUGCUGCUGAGCAUGCAAGGUGGUUCUGUUCAACCUUGCAAGAUCAGAUGGACCAUCAAAGAGCCCCACUCGCCUUGGAUGCAUCCAAUAAUGAGGUGGGGCCAUCAUCUCAUCCUGGGUUGCUGGUGGGCCAUCACCUCCAUGUGCAGAAAAAAUUAUAUCUUUGGAAACAACAGGCCCGGAAACAGCAUGAAAAGGUUGAGAAGGCAGAAUGUGAGAAGGCAGAAUGGCUCGAAUGUGAGAAGGCAGAAGCAGAAUGGCUUGAACAGGAAAGGGUCAAGAAGGCAAAGGCAAAACCCCUCGAACACAGUGUGGAUAUGAAUGAUGUUGAUAUGAACAACAACAGCAUGGAUACUGACAUGUGUGCGUCCCAGCCAACCCUCCCCCUCCUUCUGAUCGCGACACACAAUGUCCUAGCUCCCCCCCUCAUAAAUCCUCCUACAGGGACUAUCCCCCUCAUCAACUGGUCUCUCCCCCUGAUAAUUGCGUUUAAUCCCAUUCCCCACCUUGGUGUAGCUGUUCUCCCUCACCAAGACCACGAGAAGGAUAUCAGAGGUCACAUUACCAGAAUCCUCGAGGAAGUUGUGACUCUACUCAUCACAUCACAACCAUUGAACCAACUUGAAAUGUCUCUAGCAACCCCUGUUAUACAUCCUAUUGCUGGUCCUUUGAUGCAAGCAUUGUCUGCCAUGCCAUCUGCUCCUGGCCCUUCGUCGCUCGCUCCUAUCGCUCCAUCACAAGUCUUACCUCUUGCAAACAUGACAUCAAUUGCAGGCUUCAACAGGAUGAGCCAUUUUGCUGCUGACACCGCUAAAACUCACUGGCUCAUUCAGCGCCUUGGUCAGUUUGACGCAGCUGAUACCGUUGACUUGGUGCAUCCCGACUACCCUUUCUUGCAUGUUGUCUCACACAGUCAUGACAUCGACGACAUGGUGACCAAUGCUGAUAUUGACCUUCUGUUAGGCAGCACUGGAAACAGUUCUUUAUGGCCUCCCAUUGAUGUCUUUGAAAAGUGCCCCAAGUGGCAAGGAGAGUGGACCAAGAAGUGGGAGGACUGA